CAAGCACCUGCACCCUGGUACGUAAAAAUACCACGCGUAUCCGUACCCGGCUGCCAUGCCCUGAAUCCACUCCAAUGGGAAGUCCUGAAGUCCCCUCGGAGAGUUUGAAGACCCGUGAUGAUGGCCCAAGCAAGCAAGCGACGAGUCAGGCAAUUCAGCAUCGACACCUGGCAGAGCGGAGUUAACAGAGUAAGUCCAUUUUGUGUCUCUGAUUUUGAGACGUAUAUAACCUCGCAUCAUGGCCAUAUCUUUUUUUUUUUCGCAGUCUGGUGUUCGUUGUCGUGGUAGCUGUAGCAGGUCGACGUGGCUCUUGGCUCUUCAAACUCUAAAAGUACAAUAAUCAUUGCGCAUCUAAGCCUAGACAAGGCUUUGGUUGCACGUCGUUGGUUCACUAAUCGCCCGCCACCAACUCAACGACACCAAAACGACACCAACACAACGACACCAACACAACGACACCAACAUAACGCCGCCAUGGUUGGCUCCAAGGAUCUGCCGCCCUCCACCACUCCCUUUUUCCCCAACGUCUUCUUCCGCAACCAGUUCCGCGCUAAGCCGCAAUGGCCGGCCCCGGGCACUAGCCUCUCGGGCCAGACGGCCAUCGUCACCGGCGCCAACACGGGGCUCGGCUACGAGGCGGCCGCCCAGCUGCUGGGCCUGCAGCUAUCGCGCCUGGUCGUCGCCGUGCGCUCCCUUGAGCGGGGCGAAGCCGCGGCCGCCAAGCUCCGCCAGCUGCACCCCAAAGCCACCGUCGACGUCUGGGAGCUGGACAUGAGCUCCUACGCCUCGGUCCAGGCCUUUGCCCGCCGCGCCGACGCCCAGCUCCAGCGCAUCGACAUGGUCAUCCUCAACGCCGGCCUCGUCAGACUCGCAUUCCACAAGAUCGAGGCCACCGGCCACGAGGAGACGAUGCAGGUCAACUACCUCUCGACCGUGCUGCUCGCCGUCCUCUUGCUUCCCAUCCUCAAGGCUAAGGGCUCGCCCAACGGCCCGCCGCCGCGCCUCAGCAUCGUCAACGCAGCGCUGUCCCUAGCAGCCAAGUUCCCGAACCGCGCCGCCAACCCGUUGCUGCCGUCCUUCGACGACCCCGCCGCCUUCGAUGCGCGCGAGCACUACCACUCGUCCAAGCUGCUGGCGCACAUGUUCCUGUGGCAACUGGCCGACCGCGUCGCGCCCGCCGACGUCGUCGUCAACCUCGCCGACCCCGCCUGGUGUAAGGGCACCGACCUGGGCCGCGACGUCCAGAGCGCUCCGAUGCGUGCUGCCGCUAAGCUGUUUGGCGCCGCCACCGGCCGCCCCAAGGCCGUCGGCGCGUCGUGCUUGGUCGAUGCGGUUGUGAAUAAGGGACAAGAGUCGCAUGGGUGUUUUCUUAUGAGUUGGCAGAUUCAUCCGUUUUCCGCCUUCCUGUACACGCCCGAGGGAGCGGUCGUGAUCCAGCGUGUAUGGGACGAGACGCUGGCCGAGCUGGACUUUGCUGGUGUGCGCGGCAUCUUGGAGUCGAUGGGAGCGUAGCUGCCUUGAAAGGUUGCAGGUUGUAGAGGGGCCAAGGGCGUCAUUGAUACAGUCACUAUGGUUGCCGUACCCGAAGCCGUAUUGUUCUUCACUUUGGGAUUUGGCAUUUUUCUUCACCGUCUUUAUACCAGUGAGAUUUCAUCGAUAACCAGACAGCACAGUUAACC